UCACAAGGGAAAAGUGCAAUAGGGUGAAACCAAGAAGACACACAGCGAGAGAGAGAGAGAGAGAGAGAGAGGCCCAUACAGAGUAGGAAGAGCGUGUGAAAGAGAGAUAACCCAAAGGAGACCGCCGAAACAUUGAUCCCCUAGCCCCUUCCCACAAAACCAUUGCACACCCAGUAACCCACUCGCAUUGAUCUGCUCCUUCUCCUCUGCCGUCUCUCUGUUUUUGCUGGGAAAACCUUGUCUUCUUGCCCCCACCCAUUGGAACCGGGGAAAAAGCUCUGAGCUUUUCCCCUGUUUCUGCUUCUCCUUCUCCUUCUUCUGGGUGUGCGUUAUCUCCUUUCAAAAGGGUGUGCUCUGUCUGGCUCGUGAGGAAAAUCAGUGUGGUUCGGCGAGCAAUUUCGCGACUUUGACUCACCAGACCAGUCGAUACUCUGGAGUCACAUUUUCUUGCCACUGCAUUCCUGAUCGUCGCGGGGUCUGUUCGGACUCUUGGUGAAUGCUUGGAAGAUCUCGUUAAUGGGUCCUAGACUAUAGAUCUUGAGACGAUGGAGAAGGAAGCGAAGAAUCAGAGAGCGAAGGAGCCAGAUUUUGUAUUGCAGUGGGGGAAUAGGAAGAGGCACAGAUGUGUGAAGGUCAAGAACAAAGACCACAACUUUUCCUCCACCAACAACACCCCCAACAAUAACAGCAGCACCAGCAAAUUGUCUUCUGAUUCUUUUGGGAAGAAGAAAAUCAUGAACGGCGUCGUCAAUACCAAGAGGGAUUCAUCCCAUCACUCACCUCACCGGGGUCUCAACAGUCGGAACUCGGAGGCGCACAUGAAUAAACGGAAGGCGUCGCCAGAGAAGGAAGACCGGUUCUACACGACGAGGGGAUCGUUGGGGGCGGAUGAGAAUGGGAAGGUGUUGUUGGAUCACAAUAUGAAGAACGAGAAAGGCCCCAUUGUUUGGCCCAAAUUGUUCCUCUCCUUGUCCAACAAGGAGAAGGAAGAGGAUUUCAUGGCGAUGAAAGGGUGUAAGCUCCCUCAGAGGCCUAAGAAAAGGGCUAAAUUGAUCCAGAGAAGUGUGCUUUUGGUGAGUCCUGGUGCUUGGCUCUCUGACUUGUCCCAGGAGAGAUACGAGGUUCGAGAGAAGAAGGCUUCGAAGAAGAAACCCAGGGGGUUGAAGGCAAUGGGAAGCAUGGAGAGUGAUUCAGAAUGAGAGAUGGAGAAGAAGAAUGCACAGAAAGGCGGAGCAUGACUAUGAAUGUAUUAUUUUGUUUCUUCACUAGUAUGAUAGCUUGAAGAGAUAGAAACGAGAGAGAGAGAGA